GAGCUCAAAUGAGGUCAUGGCUUCGCCGCCAAGCAAAGAGCUUCUACCACUCACUGGCCAAAUACAAACACAGUCUGGGAAGAAAAAAAAUCACCCACUGACUGUGAUGACUGACUUAAAGGACAUUUCUGUGGCGCUUUAAAAGAAGAGAACCAUAAUUAGAAACAUUUGGACUGUUUAAUAUGGAUUCCUGCUUUGCUUCAUGCCAGCUGUUUAGCAGUUGACGUCUGACUGGUUGUUCCAGAGUUACAACACUGCACAGAGCCAGGAUUUUCUCACGCCAAAAGCUGAUCUGCAUCUACCAAUCUGGGGUUAAAAAGAGCAGCUGAGCGCCGUUAAGCACCUACUAAAGCUCCCAGGCAGUUAUUCACUCUGUUUCAGCAGAGAAAUGCCUCGGAAACAGAAAAGCGUCCUCCUCUGUGUGCUCACAGUCUGCAUCACUUCACUGGUGGUCGGUGUAGAGGAGAAGCAGACAGAUGAAGAGUGUGCUGACCUGAACAACACCACCUGGCAGGAGUACCGGCGGCACAGAGUCAAGCUGCAGGUCCAGUACCUGCUGCUGACCAGGAGGAACAUCGACUGCGCUCAAGUGUUCAACCAGGAGUCUCUCACUGAAACACAGCAGCAGUCGUCCUACUUCAACAUCUCCCGUCCGACCAAGGUCAUCAUCCACGGGUACAGGGCUCUGGGCAGUAAGCCAUCCUGGGUGAAGCAGUUGGCCCAGGCUCUGCUCAGGGCACAGGAUGUGAACGUGGUGGUGGUGGACUGGGUCUACGGUGCCUCCUUCGCCUACAAUCUGGUGGUGGAGAACUACAAAGACGUGGCUCUGCAGAUCUCUGUCCUCAUCAACCAGCUGCAGGAACAUGGCUGCAAACUGGAGUCCUUCCACUUCAUCGGUGUCAGUCUUGGGGCGCACGUCGCUGGAUUUGUGGGGACUCUGUUUGAGGGGAAGAUAGGACGAAUCACAGGUCUCGACCCUGCUGGUCCCAUGUUUAAAGGAGCGGACACCUAUGACCGCCUGGACCCCUCUGAUGCUCAGUUUGUUGAUGCCAUCCACACAGACUCUGACUAUUUUGGGAUUUCCAUCCCUGUCGGUCAUGUGGACUUCUUUUUGAACGGAGGAAAAGACCAGACUGGAUGUGCUCGCUCCAGGUUCGCUUCAAUUCUUGUGUACUUCCCAGUGUAUGGCUAUGUGAUCUGUGACCACAUGAGGGCGCUGCACGUCUACAUGAGCGCGCUCAACGGCUCGUGCCCACUGGUGGGGAUCCCGUGUUACAGCUAUGAGGACUUCAUGAAGGGACGCUGCGUGGACUGUGCCAUCUACAAGGGGACAUGUCCCACUGUGGGUUUAUCAGAAAACUGUGGGAUAACAGUGUCUCCUAUUCCCAGAGAGCAGAAGCUGUUCCUCCUCACUUCUUCUUCACCACCUUUUUGCUCUCAUCACAUCCUGCUGCAGCUGGAGGUUUCUCCUCUGGAUAAGAGCGCUGAGGUGGAGGUGAAACUGAUGACUGACAACCUGGGAACAGAGCGGAGACUUAGGCUUCAGAGGGAUACAACAGUGUACAGGACGGUGUUGUCUCACCCUGUUGCUCUUUGUGAGAUAUACUCCAUCCAGCUGAAGAACACCGGUGCUCGUUUCUACAGACAGGGAGACAUCCACAUCAAGUCUGUCUGCCUCUCUGAGUUCCCCUCUCUCAGGCGAGAAGAGCCAAUAUGUGUGAACAACAUCAACAUCAGACGAGGCGCUCCGUGGUCACACGACUUUGUGCAGGUGUGUGGCUAAAGAAAUUAGAUUUCACCAAAAGACACUACAAAAAUGCCCAAGGCAUCUACAGUGAAGUCACUGCACAUUAAGUCAUUUUCUCAUUUGUUUAAUGAUCAGAGAGCCAAAGAGGAAGCUCUAUUGGACUAUCACUCUACCACUAACUGACAACAUGAAGUCUAGUCAUACUUGACUAUUUAAUUAUUUGGCUAAUCCACUAAACUUCCACCAUCAUGGCUGUAGAAAAUUUUUAUUUGUUAUUUCAGCUAUUUGAAAUUCUUACUCUUAGCUCAGUCCUGCAGUGUUGAAAGAAUUUAGCUUUUUUUCUUCAAUAUGGGGAUUCAGAAAUCUUUAUGAUGUUCCAGGUUUCUUUUGUAUUUUUAGACUUGUAGUUUUAAUGGUGCUAAUUUCAGUUUGUCUCUUAAAACUAAGAAAUAAAUUGGUAACUGUG